AUGAAUGUUUUAGUAUAUUCUGGCCCCGGCACUACAACUGAGGGCGUAAAACACUGUUUGGAGACUUUGAGACUCCAUUUAGGGUCGUAUUAUGCUGUUCUUCCUGUUAACGAGACUGUGUUAUUGAAUGAGCCAUGGAUGAGAAAAACGUCCUUGUUAGUUAUACCAGGCGGAGCAGAUUUACCAUACUGUAAUGUACUUGAUGGAAAUGGCACGAGAAAGAUUUCCAAGUAUGUCAAACAAGGUGGGAAGUUUUUAGGGCUUUGUGCUGGUGGGUAUUUUGGAUCUGCUAGGUGUGAGUUUGAAGUUGGCAAUCCUACCAUGGAGGUUACUGGACCUAGGGAACUUGGGUUUUUCCCAGGAACGGCCAAGGGAUGUGCAUUUAAAGGUUUCAAGUACGAACUGCGUACUGGUGCAAGAGCCGUCAAAUUGCUGGUCAAUACAGCUGCAUUACCUGGAUGUGCAAGUCACAUUUAUAAUUAUUACGAUGGCGGGGCGGUGUUUGCCAAUGCUGAAAAGUAUAAAGAUGUUGAAAUCUUGGCAAGGUACGACGACAAAACUGAUAUUGUGGAUUUAGAGAAGGCUGCUGUUGUAUACAGAAAGGUCGGUAAGGGUGGUGUUAUUUUGAGUGGUACUCAUCCUGAAUUUGCACCUCACUUGUUGCAUCCACGAGAUGAAGAUGGGGCAGGUUAUUUUAUAGUGGUUGACACACUUCGAGCAUACGAUCACAACAAAAAGGUAUUUAUGAGAGACUGUUUGAAGAAAUUGGGCUUGCGAGUUGCCGAGAGUGUUGAUACAACGAUUCCAAGAGUUACACCAAUGUAUGUUGUAUCUCCGUUCAAGGAUAAAGUUAGGGAUGUAUACCUGAUUUUAACCAGCAAGUUAGGUAAGCUGUUUGAGGAUAGUAAUGAUGCUUUUUAUUUUGCUGACGAAACGCAGGAAACUAGUGAGUAUGUUGGUAGUGAAGAAGAUCCAGUCAAGUAUAUCAACUUUCUCACUCUGGCCGGUAUACCGGAUUUGAAAAUGGUUCCCUAUUUUGACAUCCAAAAGUAUUUUGAUAAUUUGAGGAUGUUGUCGGGUGGUGACAUCAAGUUUGGGAGCAUUUUAGGUUAUUCCGAGGUGAUUACAUCUACAAACACAAUUAUGGAUAAGAAUCCGCAAUGGUUAGAGCAUCUUCCUAAUGGGUUUACCAUUACUGCAACUACACAAAUAGCAGGUAGAGGUCGCGGUGGCAAUGUAUGGGUUAACCCCCGCGGUGUCCUUGCAACGUCAGUGCUUUUCAAAAUACCACCUUCACCCUCGUCGUCGUCAACGGUGGUUACAUUGCAGUAUUUAUGUGGAUUGGCAUUGAUUGAGUCGAUUCUAGGGUAUGGAAGCAACGUUUCAGGGCAAGGCGUUGGGUAUGAAGAUAUGCCGUUGAGAUUAAAGUGGCCUAACGAUAUCUUUAUUAUGAAGCCAGAGUAUUUCAAGUCGUUGGACGAUAAAAGUGAUAUAAGUGCCACUGUUGAUGGUGACGAUGAGAAGUUUGUCAAGGUUUCAGGUGCAUUGAUUAACUCGCAAUUUAUCAACAAAACCUUUUAUUUGGUAUGGGGAGGUGGAGUUAAUGUAUCAAAUCCAGCACCAACAACGUCAUUAAACUUGGUUUUAGAAAAGUUGAAUGAGAUCAGACGUGGAAAGGGUUUAUCACCAUUACCACCAUACGAACCAGAAAUAUUGCUUGCAAAGCUUAUGUUUACCAUUGACCAGUUUUAUUCUGUAUUUGAAAAGUCAGGAUUGCAACCAUUUUUGCCGUUAUACUAUAAACGGUGGUUCCAUACCAACCAGAAAGUGGACGUUGACAAUGGCAGUGGGAAACAAAGAACAUGUAUAAUCAAGGGUAUUACCCCAGACUAUGGAUUGCUUAUUGCUGAAGAUGUAGAGACGAAAAAAGUGUUGCAUUUACAACCAGAUGGCAACUCGUUUGAUAUUUUUAAAGGUUUAGUAUAUAAGAAGAAUUAA